AUGAAGACAGCAAAAGCCAUGAUUGUAAAGGAUAAGGAUAUUCUUGAUCUUGAGACUAACCGGCCAAUGAAGAUCAUGUUGUGGCCUACUACCUAUCAAGUCAAAGAGAUUCCCAUUCCACAACAUUUUCAGGAGGGAUAUCUUGAUGAUAUGGAGUUUUGGCUUUUGAUGACGAAACAACAACUGCAUCUAUCAAAUGUCAUGGAGGUUGCUGUGAAGGAAUUCACUAGAAUGGUCGCCUCUAUCACAACUGGAAAGCUAUGGAUGGGAUCCAUGGGAAAAGCUAACAUGAAGCUGUCCAAAGUUCCUGAAGAAUGA